GCUCCGCCUCUUCCUGUAAACUUCCUGGAAAUCAGCAGCGAUCGCGUGUGAUUGUUCGUUCUCCAGCUGUGUUUGUGUUUCACGCCUUUUGUGGUCAAACAGGGUUUUCCAGCAGCAUGGCACCGAAGAGACGAGCUGCUUCUGCUGCCAAGGCUGGUGGCAAGAAGGUGAAGCAGGUGAAGGAGGAGCCGGAGGCGCCGAAGCCCAAGGAUGCUUUCACUUCAGCCAAAGAGGCUCUGCUGGCUGCAGGUCCACAGGUCAAAGGCAGGAGGAAGGUGGACGAGCAGUGCUCGCUGUCAGACUCUGGAGAGAUUCACGAGGACUAUGAUUGUAUGUUGAAUCAGACAAACGUUGGACACAAUAAUAACAAGUUUUACGUCAUUCAAGUGAUUAAAGAAACCAACCAGUUCUAUACUUGGAACAGAUGGGGAAGAGUGGGGGAAGUGGGCCAAUCCAAACUUAACUGUUACACCAAGCUCGAGCAAGCUGUCAAGGACUUUGAGAAAAAAUUCAAGGACAAGACAAAGAACAACUGGAGCGAUCGCACAAAUUUUGUGUCUCAUUCUGGGAAGUACACUCUGAUUGAGGUGGACGGAGACCAAGAUGCUGAGGUCAAGGUGGACGUCGUUGAUGGAAAGAAAGAGGCUAAAAAUGUCCUGCCUUGCACCCUUGAUGCUGCUACAAAAGACCUCAUUGAGCUUAUUUUCAGCAACGAUAUGUUCAAGGAGGCCAUGGAAUGUAUGAACUUAGAUAUCAAGAAAAUGCCUCUGGGAAAGCUCAGUAAAGUACAGAUCGCAAAGGGCUUUGAAGUGUUGGAGGAACUUGAGGCCGCCAUGAACAAAAAGAGUGGAAGAGCGCGCCUGGAGGAGCUUUCCUCUAAGUUCUUCACCACAAUCCCUCACAACUUUGGGCGGAACAGACCGCCAACCAUCGACGACAAAGAGAUCGUAGAGAAGAAGAAAGAGAUGCUUAUGGUGCUGGCUGACAUCGAGCUUGCCCAGACUCUGAAGUCAGAGACGGAGAAGGCUCAGGAAGAGAUGAUCGAGACGGUUCCUCACCCUCGGGACCAAGACUACAGUUCUCUCAAAUGCACCCUCUCACUACUGGACAAGGGUACAGAAACGUUCAAGGUCAUAGAAAAAUACCUUAAAGCAACACUGUGCCCCAGUCGUAAACCAACAAUUGUCAAUGUUUGGGAAGUCGAUCGGGAAUCAGAGGGUGAGCGCUUUAAAGCAAAUGACGGUCUGGAGAACCGCCGUCUGCUGUGGCAUGGUACAAACAUAGCGGUGGUGGCAGCCAUCCUGAAGAGCGGUCUGAGGAUAAUGCCUCAUUCCGGAGGCCGCGUCGGGCGUGGAAUCUAUUUCGCGUCUGAAAACAGCAAAUCUGCCGCUUACGUACGAACCUCUAAGAACACUGGAGUGAUGUUCCUGAACGAGGUCGCCCUUGGCAAAGAACACACCAUCACCCAAGAUGACGGCAGCCUAAGAAAGGCUCCUGCAGGCUAUGACAGUGUGGUGGCACGAGGAGAAGUGGAACCAGAUCCUUCUAAGGACGUCAUCAUCAAACUGGAGGGCAAGGAUGUCUCUGUGCCUCAGGGUAAACCCAUAAAGCAGCCCCAGUACGCAGAUUCCUACUUCAGCAACAGCGAAUAUCUCGUCUACAAGGAGAACCAGUGUCGCAUGCGGUACCUGCUGGAGCUGAAGAUGAAGUACUAAAUCCAGCUCAAAGGAAAACAGGCAGGUCAUUUGAAAGACAAGUAUCCUUCAAUCCUUCUGUAUACGGAGCUUCAUUAAAAAAAAAGCCAAAAGUUUGGCUGUGCUUUUCAUAAUCUAAUCCGGUGAUUGUUUUUAAUAAGUAAUUGUAGAGACGAUUGCAUUAUGGAUACCUUAUCUGUGCCUUAUCUUUUGCACCCUGUAAAACGUCAGUCUAUAGACGACUCGCACUAUCUUGUGUUGUUAUCAUGACAGAGAACGUGUCCUUUCACUGCUUUUGCCCGAUCUUGGUUUGUAAUAAUCAAAAAAUGGCUUGUAAACAUUUGCACUAUCUUUGUUUUGUUUUUUCGAAAUGUCAUAUUAUUGCACCUGUUGUUUUAUUUUUUAUUUGGCAUUGCAGUUUCUGGUAUGAGUAGCUUACCUUUUGCACACAUUGCAAUAUGUAAUCCGAGGGGAAAUGAAAACAUAAAUCUGUCCCUCAGAAAAAAAGA